AUGAUCAAAGAGGUCCCUACAAGACCCACGAUGCGUCUUUCGGAAGAGAAUUUACGCAAACAUAAUGCAGAAAAUUCACAUGAUGACCGGAUACGGAACGAAGAAAUCGCUGUAGCUGAGAUGGAGGCGUACCACCGGUUGGUGGACGACAUGGACGAUUUGGAAGAUGCAGAUCUUCAUGUCCGCCAGACUCAUCAACACCUACGACAGGCUGCAGAGGCAGGAGGUCUAGACACAGUUCAGCUGGAUCCGUCUGAGACACCGCUUGACCGAUUUAUCAAGCUGCACCCACUACACGACAGCCAUCCAUGGGUGGCUCGAUGCGCAUUCCGAGAAAUGGGUGCUGGAUACGAUCCUCACGAAGCAGUCGACCUCCGAAAGCUGGCAUCCGAGAUGCGCACCGUGGGCAUGUCCUCGAAUGGAUUCCACGACCGAGACACCGGAAGCCUAAGGGCCUCGUCUGACACGCUCUCGGUGUCCCGUUUCCAGGACACUAUCGAGGCACGGGACGAGGAGUCAAAAAAAGAAAGGCCAAAGGGAAAGACAAGAAAGCAGAAGAGGUCUAAUUGGUAACUGUGGAGUCAUACGGUUCCGGUGCUUUCUUUUGUUUGUUGU